CUGCUGCCUUGGGACCAAGCCUGCUACUUGCCGAGCAUCGCCUGUGAGGGGCGGGGACGAGGGGCUCGUGACCCGCAUUCAGCCCCCUCAGGGGCGGGGCGCCGACUCAGGAGGAGCGCGGGGGCAACUCCAGCCCCUCUUUCUCUGCCUUCAUCCCGGGACCCGAAGUCUCGGUUUGGAGGCUGGGUUCUCCCCCCACCGCCCCCGCAGAGCCCCCGGCGCACGGCGAACAGGGAUGGCUACGGGGCUCGCGUUUCUGCGGAGCGGCGACGAGUGUGUGCGCCGCAGACUGUGGUUCCGCCGCACAAGCGGCCCCUCCCGGCCCCUCCUCCGAGCACCUGCUGCUCUGCCGGCGGUCACCUCGACCCACCUGAGGGCGGAGCCCCUGCCGGGUCGUCCAGCGCGCUGCCCGGGCAUCUCGGUUGCGGCCGACAUUGUUCAAGACUAGUCCGGGGGCGCCAAGGGUGUGUUCUCCAGGCACCUGGGCCCGAGGCGCUCCGCGGCCGCCCCUCAGCCGCUGCCCACCGCGCUUGGGAUGGGGGCUGCCCUCACGCCGACGCAGGCCACCCACUCGCAGGCCGCGCAGAGCGGGGGGCGGCGGACACCGGCCCAGGCCGGACCUGGAGGCAGCAAGAGGAGGAUUCGCCCGGGGCGGGGGCGUUAGGGUCCUCUCCGACCCCGAAGGGCGGGCCGCGGGGCCGAGGCUCCCCUGGACGCUUCCCGGUCCGCCAGGGACAGGCCGAUGGGGGUGGACUGUGUCCUGAACGCCUGGUUGGGGAAGACCUGUGAUUUCCAAACUGCAGAGCGGGGCGGGGGUGAUGAAGUUGACCAGACCGUGCGGGGCUCCCCUCCUGGCGCCCGGAGACCCUGGGUGCGCGUCCUCCCUCCAGGCAGGCGUUGGAGGCGCUGGGCUGGGGACGGGGAGGGGGUCAGUGUCUCGUGGUCCGCGAACCAGACCGCGCAGGGAUUCCCCAGACGCACGCAGUGACUACCGGGCCCCCACUCGUGGCUCGGGCACGUCCCCAGCCGCAGGAGGUCGAAGGAAACUUUGGCCCUGCACGGGCAGAGUGCAGCCUCCGCGCCCCCUCUCGGCUCGCGGUCCGUUCCCCCUCCUUCCCCCUCCGAUCCUCGCCCUCCUUCCCGCUCCCUCCUCCUCUCUCUCCCCCCCUCCUCCUCGCCUGCUGGAGGCGGGCAGGUCCGGGCGGGGCCGCGCCGCUGAGCCCACAGCCCCGCGCUCCCGAGGCGGUAGCCGCCGCCGCGCCCCGCGGGAGAAGCGGCCGAAGCAGGCCCGGCGGACGGAGCUGCCCGCGCGGCCCGGGGGGCAUGAAGUUGGGCUCGCGCGGAGCUCGGAGCAGGGGCGCGGCGGGGCUGGGAGCCGCCCGCAUCUAGAGCCCGCUCGGUGCGCCAUGGAGCUCGGGGGCCCGGGGGCGCCGCCGCCGCAGCUGCUGCCGCCUCUGCUGCUGCUGCUGGGGGCCGGCCUCUUGCCUGUGAGCAGCCAUGUGGAGACCCGGGCCCACGCGGAGGAGCGGCUGCUGAAGAAACUCUUCUCCGGCUACAACAAGUGGUCCCGGCCCGUGGCCAACAUCUCGGAUGUAGUGCUUGUCCACUUUGGCCUGUCUAUCGCGCAGCUCAUUGACGUGGAUGAGAAGAACCAGAUGAUGACGACGAAUGUGUGGGUGAAGCAGGAGUGGCAUGACUAUAAGCUGCGCUGGGACCCCGCUGACUACGAGAACGUGACCUCCAUCCGCAUCCCCUCUGAGCUCAUCUGGCGGCCGGACAUCGUCCUGUACAACAACGCGGACGGGGACUUUGCCGUCACCCACCUGACCAAGGCCCACCUCUUUCACGACGGGCGGGUGCAGUGGACACCGCCGGCCAUCUACAAGAGCUCCUGCAGCAUCGACGUCACCUUCUUCCCCUUCGACCAGCAAAACUGCACCAUGAAGUUCGGGUCCUGGACCUACGACAAGGCCAAGAUCGACCUGGUGAGCAUGCACAGCCACGUGGACCAGCUGGGCUUCUGGGAGAGCGGCGAGUGGGUCAUCGUGGACGCCGUGGGCACCUACAACACGCGCAAGUACGAGUGCUGCGCGGAGGUGUACCCGGACAUCACGUACGCCUUCGUCAUCCGGCGCCUGCCGCUCUUCUACACCGUCAACCUCAUCGCGCCCUGCCUGCUCGUCUCCUGCCUCGCCGUGCUCGUCUUCUACCUGCCAUCCGAGUGCGGCGAGAAGGUCACGCUGUGUGUCUCCGUGCUGCUCUCGCUCACCGUCUUCCUGCUGCUCAUCACCGAGAUCACCCCGUCCACCUCGCUGGUCAUCCCGCUGAUUGGCGAGUACCUGCUCUUCACCAUGACCUUCGUCACGCUCUCCAUCACCAUCACCGUCUUCGUGCUCAAUGUGCACCACCGCUCCCCGCGCACGCACACCAUGCCCGCCUGGGUCCGCCGCGUCUUCCUGGACGUCGUGCCGCGUCUGCUCUUCAUGAAGCGGCCGUCCGCGGUCAAGGACAACUGCCGGCGGCUCGUCGGGUCCGUGCCCGAGGCGGCCGGAGCCCCGCGCUUCUGGCCGGAGCCCCGGGGGGAGCCCGAGCUCAGGAGUAGGGGCCCCGCCCCAUCCCCGACCCCGUCCUGCGGCCCGGACCGGCCGGCCUGCACGUCGCCCUCAGACCAGGCCUCUGCUCUGCGGCCCUCAGAGGCCGAGAAGGCCGGCCCGUGCCCCUCGCCUGGGCCCUGCCGCCCCCCCACUGGCACCCGGGCCCCAGGGCUUGCCAAGGCCCGGUCCCUGAGCGUCCAGCACGUGUCCGGCCCCAGCGAAGUGGCAGAGGGCGGCGUGAGGUGCCGGUCCCAGAGCAUCCAGUACUGCGCGCCCCGAGAGGAGGCCGCCUCCCCAGCCGACCGCCCGGCGGACGGCUCCCCUGCCUCGCUGACCACGGCCCCCUCGGCCGAGCUUCCGCCCCCAGACCAGGCCUCCCCCUGUAAGUGCAAGUGCAGGACGGAGGCGGAGGCACCAAAUGCCGCGCUCAAGGCCCCCGGCGCCGGCACGCCACCCCAGCCCCUGUCGCCAGCUCUGGCGCGGGCGGUUGAGGGAGUCCAGUACAUCGCAGACCACCUGAAGGCGGAAGACAUGGACUUCUCGGUGAAGGAGGACUGGAAGUGCGUGGCCAUGGUCAUCGACCGCAUCUUCCUCUGGGUGUUCGUUCUCGUCUGCCUGCUGGGGACGGUGGGCCUCUUCCUGCCGCCUUGGCUGGCCGGCAUGAUCUAGGGGACUCCCCGCACUCGAUGCGAUCAUACCACUCACCAGAUUGCCCCCCAUCAUCUGUCUGCUGUGAGAUGGCCUUGGAAGCUGCCUCCUGGGGACCUGCCCGGGAGGCUGGUAAAUGCCUGUCUAUCUGCAGGGCGGCGUAUCCGGAGCAUGGUGACAUGAUGGCCUCCCGCCAGGACGCACGUCUGACCGCUCUCGGCAAAUGUCCCAGCAGCCCUGACUGUCCCAGGGCCACGCCCCGUGGCCACGCUCAGCCCCUCUCAGCCCCCAAAGCCCCUCGUCCCUGUGGGAUCCCCGAGGCCCAGGCACUGAGCCAGGCCUGGCUGCCUCUCCCACCCGGGCCUGGGGCACCCGUGGGUCCUCAGACCUGCUCUCUCUGACCCCAGAGGCGAGUCAGCAAACAUUCGAACCUCAUUUGCCAGGGGAGGGUCCAAGCAGGGAUUUUAUCUUGGUCUGUUCUGAGUAGAUUAACGAAAACCCAGACUUUGUGCCUGCGGGGACUUGGUGACGGAGUGAUGAGACGUGGUCCUGCUCGGGAGAAUCCAGUGGCAGGUCCCCCUUGGGUGAGGGUUCCUCAGCCCCAGGGAGUCCAGAUGUCUGCCUUCCAGGGGUGCCGGGGUCUCGGGCCAGCACUUCGCAGGGGCCUGUGAUGCCCCCAGACCCCCGUGGGCCCUGGUACUUUGUGAGGGACCCAGAGCCACGUUCAGGACUGGGCUCCCCGACACCUCCCGUGGGUUCCCCUCUGGGGCAUAGACACAGGUAGGACUUCCCUGACACAGUAGCCAUGGUGAUCUGGGGGGACCCGAGGACAGCUCAUCUGGCCGACUUGGAGACCCUCUGGAGUGUGGUCCCUGGGGGUGGAGCCCCUGAGAACAUCAAGGGGGUGGAGGGGACCCUCCACAGGCCUCCCCCCAGCCCAGGAGCCCUACAUCACACCAUGCGGGGGCUGCCCUGCCCGAGGUGGUGGGGGGAGGUGCGCGGGCAAUGGCCCUGGGGGCCCAGUGUCCCCCCACCCCAAGGCUAAGCGCUGGGCGGCACCAACAGUGUCCCUGGAGACUCUGGGGAAACACCAGCCCUGGGGGUGGUGUCGGGGUGGGCGAAUGCUGCCCCCCAUCUUCUGAUUCUUCCAAACCUUCAGGCUCCAGGUGCCAAGGCGGGUCCUGGACAAUGUGGCCCCUCCCCCAGGAGUGGCACCUGGGUGGGGGGCCCCCCAGGCCGAAAGAAUCGCUCCCCUUUAUGGUCAAGCUCCCACCUCCCCAGACCCCAUGCAUGGGGGGUGUGGCUGGCAGGUUGGAGCCGGCCCCCUUGGAGCCCUGGGUCUCCCCACUCCCCAGGCUGUGCCUGGGUCCCGCACAAGGUGCUGGGGAGGAUGGAGUGAAUAAUUUAGUGAAGUUCAGAGAUGCUGCUGUAGAGGUGCAGCUGGAGGGCAACGCCAGGUCGGAGGAGGCUGGAGCCUGCAGCCCCCCCACCCCGCCGCCUGUGAAGCUCGGGACGGCCCCCUGGACAUCCAGGCCCCCAUCUGCCCAUCUCGGAUCGGCACCUGCCUCCUGGGGCCAUUGGGGCACCAAUCCCAGGAUGCUGGGGGAGAGCCCGGGUGGGCGUUCCCCAGGACCCAGGACCAGGCGGCGGAGCGGGGGAGGGCCAGGCCCCCGAGGACGCAGCCAGGACGCAGAUCUCAGAUGUCAGCGCCUCAAUCCUCCUUACGUAAGCGGAUCCAGCGCCAGAUACGGGGCAGCUGUGGGGAGCCCUGGGGGUGCCCAGCUGCAGAUGCUCUUUUCUGGGUCGGGAGACAGCAGGAGCCCCAGGGAUGGGGAUGCUUCCCUUUUCUGGUUUCCGCUUUUUCUGUUUUUUGAGACCCAAACACAAGUCAGAAAAUCUGCACACAGAGUACAUGGCCCACAUUCCCACCGAAUUAACCAUGACCGCUACUGUGCGGUAUUUGCCUCCAGGUUUCUGUUUGGUUUGUUUUGAUUGACAUGAAACUUACCUAUGACAAAAUGCCUGGUCUUACGCCCUCAGAUCAGUGAGUUUUACUAGAUUCGACCCCAAGGCCCCCAUCCCCCAGAGCCCCCUCCAGCCCCCUCCAGCCUGUGCCCCGGUGGCAGUGAUGGCUCUAAUUUCCUCACCAGAGGUGGUCUCUGCCUGUCCCUGACCUUGGUGUGAGUGGAACCCCCCGUUCUCAGCCUUUCUGUUGUGGUCUUCCACCAGGUGUGGUGCGGUCAACACCCACCAUGGCUGUGUCUCCAUCCAUAAACAGUUUUGUCGUUAUUUGCUGAGUCGUGUUCUUCUGUCCAAAUAAACUAAAGCAAGUCUGUGUCUCUGUCACCUGUGCUGGCCUCUGUCCGGUCAUUCUGACUCAAGCCACUGUGUGUAGGUCCCACUGGGUGUCCUCCUCCUUUUAGCGUUGACUGUGUUUCAUUUUCUGUGUCUUGUGAUGUUUUGACACCUUGGGGGCCUCACACACCUGGGAGAGGGUUGUUUCAGCACCAUUUUUUGAAACACUGACCCUUCUACAUUAAAAUGCCUAAAAACAGUUUCCUCGUAUAUUUUCCUUGCUUUUUAAUGGGUUUUUGGUCCAGUGUGGGUUACUCCAUCACGGCUAGAAGUAGAAAGCAAUCUUUUGAAGGGUUAAACUCCCCGCUCUUCGUUGUAAUUUCUGCUACACUGGGAUAUGGUUAGGCCAUCUCUCUGAUUUUUCUGUUUGCAUGUGUUCUGUCCCUCUACAUACAAGAAGACUUGAUCUCGUUGGCUAAUCUUGAAGGUUAUAUGUUCAGUGUUUUCCCUGCUGGCGGCUGCUCCUAACUUAAAGAGUGUUGGUGUCUUUCAAGAGCUUAACAAGAUGAUAUGAAAACUGUCUCCAUCAUGCCUCCCACCUCCAAAGAAAGCAAGCACCUCGGCUGCCUCAGGGAUUCUGGAACAGCCUGGAAUCCAGUCUAGGUUGCCACCGAUGUGAUGGUCUGGGGAGGGCUUGACGAUUCUGUGAACGGCGAAUGUCACUAGGGUUUUACUUACCUGGGAUUUUCCGUGUAUCGGGCCUAAGUGCUGGUUACUUUCCCUUUCUGCAGAAAACGUCACCAACCAGAUUUCGAAGAGGAUCCCCUGUGACGCGUGACCUGCCUUCUCAGACUCUGUGGGCCUCAGAAUGUAUUUUCACGCUGUUCGUUUCAGUAGUAAUUCUGCUGGGCGUAAAAUUCGAGCCUUUCCCCUUCAACACUCUGAGGUCAUUUCCCCCACCUUUUGACGUAGGGCGACUCUUGUCUUUUUGUAGAAAAGCGUUUAAAGAAUUUCGCCACCGUCUUUGUUUUUUUGCAUCAGUGAAUCUAAGGGUAUGUUUUAAAAGUCGGUCCCACUUCGCCCUCUGAGACUUUCCAUCUGGGAUUUUAAAUCCUUCUCUAAUUCUCAAAUCUUUAAAAAAGUACUUCUUUCAACA